AAACAGAUAGAGGAACCCGAGGAUCACUUACGUUUGACAACAGAAGCGCAUUGACGAGUGUGCGAGCAUGAACUCGAAGCCAUUGCUGUACGGCUUUGACAAGGGAGCAACAUGGAGAGUGAGGAUUGCUCUGGAACUAAAGAACGUCGACUACGAAUACAGGACCGUAAAUCUACUCGGACCAAAAGGUGAAGAAGAACAGUUUUCUGAAGAAUUCGGACGAUUAAAUCCAAUACGUCAAGUACCUGUGCUGGUGGUCGACGGACACGGGAUUUCGCAGUCGGCAUCCAUAUUGGAAUAUUUAGAAGAGGCAUACCCUUCCCCGAGGAUGAUGCCCGCAGAUGCAUUUGCGAGGGCAAAGGUUCGUGAAAUAGUGGGGAUAAUCGUAGCAGAUACUCAUCCGAAACAAGGCCUCAGUAUGAUAAAGUACCUGGGAGAGCAGCAUUGGAACGACAGCUCUAAAGAAGCCAUCACUAAAAGCUUUACAGCUCUCGAAGCCGUCCUAAAAGAAACGUCCGGAAAGUAUUGCGUGGGCGAUGAGAUCACCCUGGCAGAUGUGUGCCUCGUUCCUCAAGCCUUCAAUGCGUCCACCCGCUUCAUCGACGUGGCUUCUUUUCCCACUGUCAAUCGAGUCUACGUUUCUCUCAAUCAAGUCCCAGCUGUCAAGCGUGCCGAACAACUCUGCAUGAAUGAUAUGCCCGAGGACGAGGGGGCCUACAUACGCUACAUGAUAUCUCACUUCAGUACCGCUUACCCUCACCUUCGCAGGUGGUUUGCACCGGAAUAAAGCAAUUGUCGCGUUUAUAACUUU